AUGGGGGGGGCGCUGCUGGCCGGAUGGCUGCGGCAGGGCCUGAACCCACAGGCGGUGCAGGUGAUCACCCCGCGCCCCACGCAGGCACUGGCCGAUCUGGGGGUGCGUGUUGGUGGCCCCGUCACGGAUGCGGCCGUUGCCGUUUUGGCCGUUAAACCCCAAAAAAUGACCGAGGCGUUGCCCCGGCUUGCAUCGCUUGGUGGGGGGAACACGCUGUUCAUUUCCGUGGCUGCGGGUAUCCGCAUCGCGGCCUACGAGGCGGCCUUGGGGGCGGGAACGCCCGUCGUGCGCGCCAUGCCGAAUACGCCCGCCGCCAUCGGACAGGGGAUCACCCCGAUCAUCGGCAACGCCAGCGCCACGGAAACCGAUCUGCGCACCGCCGAGGGGUUGUUGCAGGCCGUGGGGCAGGUUGUGCGCCUGGAUGCCGAGGAUCAGAUGGAUGCCGUCACGGCGGUGUCCGGCUCUGGUCCCGCCUAUGUUUUCCAUUUGAUCGAAACGCUGGCCGCUGCGGGCGAGGCCGAGGGCCUGUCGCGUGAUCUGGCGCUGACACUUGCACGGGCAACGGUUGCGGGGGCGGGGGCGCUUGCGGUGCAGUCGGGCGAAGAUCCGGCACAGUUGCGCAUCAACGUCACAUCCCCCGGCGGCACAACGGCGGCCGCGUUGCAGGUGCUGAUGCAGCCCGAUGCAGGUUUUCCGCAAUUAUUGAAACAGGCGGUUCAUGCCGCCGCACAACGGGGACGGGAGCUGGGCAAGUGA